GCACAUUGGAGAGCGAGUGCUCCUGGAUGACUUCUAGCGACGGGCAUGUCGGUUUUGCUUCAGCGGCAUUGAAGGGAUUGCUGGGUGCAACAGAGCUUGGCCCCCUUCCUUGGCGGCGCGUCGCCUAUACCUUGAAUAUGCCAAGAUCAGACGUUCAUUUGUUUACUCUGGACAAGAACAUGCAUGGGUCAGCUGGUAAAUGGUCCAAAGACUUCAUCCAACUUCUGAUUCGCGCCAUCUUUCUUGAAGACGCCCCGAGCCUUUUACAGAGGCUAGGCACUCUGACUCAUGAAGAUCGUCACUGGGAGUCUGGCACGCGGAGGCGGUCUUGCCUGGCGACACGUUCGUGA